AUGAAUUAACUAUCUUAUGAGAAGGGCAUCAACUAUGAGCCCCCAUCGAUGGCAUUAAAGCAAGAAAUUAAUCACUUUAUGUUUGGGAAUGAGACUUUCCGAAUACCUUAGACUCUUGACAACCCACAAAUUCCGUAAAUUUACUUUGCAUUAAUUUAUGACAGGUAUAAUCAUGAAAAGAUAUCAAGAACUUUCUCACAGUCUAAAUAUUAGCAUUAAUUAUAUGGUUUGGGCAGUCAAGACUUCAAUCAGAAAAAUUAAAUUCAUGGGCAAUAUAACAAUAGAUUUGAGCCUAAAACAUCAUCUUCUUAAGCCUUCAAAUCCUAUUAAUUCCCACUCAAAUAGGAUGAGAUUGCACCAUCUAGUGGUACUCCUUUUGAUAGCUUCAUGUCAAAUUCAAUAUCAAAUAGUAUAAAUCAUGGCGCAUUAAAAAUGAAUGAUCAAGAAAAUAUUCCAAGCUACUUAAAAUCAUCCGUUCCCACAAAAAGAAUUUUCACUUCCUCUUAAAUUCAGAACACCGACAACGAGCUGAUUGAUUACUAACCUAACUUAUCCUAUCGACAUCAAGAGAUGUUCUCAAAUAAAAGAAUAAUACCUAUACAUUAAAAUUAAGAUUUACCAAGAUAACUAAAGUAACCUGAUACCUAUUAGUAGCUUAAUGGUAUGAACGGAAAGAGUGAAUUUGCUAUUCAUAAAGCUUUUCAAAUAUGCUUCAUUUAGUUCAGCAUAAAAUCAACACUCAUUUACUUGAAGCUUAAUAUUAAAGGAAUACUUAGUGAUAUGAGCCUAAUAAUUGAGGGCUCCAUUGAUAUCUCUGAUUACGAUAUUGCAAUUGAAAUAAGAUUUAAGGUUAAUAAGAUUUUACAUAAUGAUCUUGCAAAUUCUUAGCUAGAUAUGUCUUAAGUUUAGACUACUUCACUUGUAGCAUAAGACUUCUCAAUAAUUAUCAAAUAAACUCCGUUAGAAAUCAAAACAUUGCAAAUAUUCGAUGAACAUAUCCAUUAAAAAGAAUAUUUACUAGAAGAUAAAAUUUUAAACUAAGCAAAUACUAUUACAUUGGAAGAUCCUAAUCUUGAAAUUAAUAACUCAUUUCGAUAGCAUUCAGUAAUUAACACUUAUCAGAGAUUGAAUGGAUUCAAGAGUUACUUACCUAAUAAGAUGCUUGAAUCUUCCUCAACUCUUGAUGAGUACUCUUACAAAUAAGCUAAAUCUAAUUCAAUUCAGCCUCUUAAGAUUCAUGGGUAAGACUAGAAUUAUCGAAUCUCUGGUGUUCAUUUCAACUCAAUUAAUCCAAGUGAUAUUGAAUCAAAGUCAUUAUUUUCAGGGCCUUAUUGCAUCACUGAAGGUGAAUCCUAGGACAUAAUAUCAUCUAAAAGAUCUACUUAUAAUACAAAUGGUGAUUUUAUUCCAAGAAAAAAGAUAUAACAGCAACAUUAAUCAGAGGUUUAUUAAAUUGAAAACUGUUCUAAAUAAAAUUAGCUGAAUGGCUCUAGAAGUAAUAAUAGUGGCUCUAACAAAGGUGGUUCAAUUAAUAUUAUCCACAAAGGCUAAGUUGUCUAAAAAGUUGUUACAAAAAAUGGUUCCAAAGAAUAUCAAAAGCUUAUAGAAAAAGCUGGUCCAGAAAUAAUUUAAGCUAUUGUAGAUGAAAUUGAACCUAAUUUUUCAGAUCUCCUAAUCGAUCAUUACGGAAACUAUUUCUGUUAAAAGUUGUUUCUUAAUUUGGAUAUUGACCAAAAGCUUAGACUUCUUAAGACAUUGAAGUAAAUCCAUAUUAAUCAGGAGGAAAUGAGAGAAAAAAUAAGCAAGAAAAGAUUGAAGACUAAGUUCUUAUUUGUAUCUUAAGACAGUAAAGGUACUCAUGCAAUUCAGAGCUUCCUGGAAGUCUUGACUGAGCCUGUCUACCAAGAAAUUAUUUCAGAUUUAUUAGAGAAAGAUAUCAUGAAAUAUGCUUACAAUAAGAAUUCCAAUCAUGUCUUAAUUAAGUAUAUAAAACUAACACCAGUAAAACCAUAUCUUGAGCAGAUAUAUGAUAUUCUUGCUUAAAAUUUUGAUUAACUUGCUUAAGAUGCAAAUGGCUUGCCAAUAGUCAAGUAUUGGAAUUAAGAUGAUUGUGAACUUUUUACGUAAGAAUUCUUGCCUUAACUGCAGUAACUUUCAGUUUAAAAAUUUUCAUCAAAUGUUAUUGAGAAGGCUCUAGAUAAAGCCAAAUAAUAUGUUGUUGAACUCUAUGCUCAAGAAAUUUGCAAAGGGGAUGCAAUAAGAGUUCUUUUAAGAGUUAACUUUGGCUACUAUGUCAUUGAAAGAAUUCUUAUGAACUGUUUUAAUGAGUAUCUUAACCAAAAAGUCAGAACCAUCAUUCAGAAAAAUCUUGUACAUAUGGGCAUGAAUCACUUAAAGAAAAAGUGGAUGGACAUGAUUGAAAAAUCUGAAAAGGGGGUUCUACAUCUCUACAAGGAAAAAAGUAACUUAAUUAAACAAAAGGAGUAGGAAGAUGAAGAAUAUUAAGAUUACUACGGAGGUUAAGAUUACUUUGAGCAAUCUUAUGAUAAAAACUAUUCAAAUAGAAAGAUUCAAUCAAAGUAAAAAGUGACCAACAGAGGUCAAAGAGGUCAUGCUGCCGCUGCUGGCCAUUAUUAUUGA